UAGGGUUUCAAUAUGCAUGUCAAUGGAGUGAAUUGAGCUUACGUAUCCUUGGAAUAUGGCCAUUAUAUAAUUUUACUUUACUAAAAAAAUUACGAGUUUAUUUGUACACUAUUUUCGUUGUUGCCGUAUUUUAUUUGCCACACACCGGAACAAUCAUCACUAUUUGGGGUGAUAUUGAUAGUAUGGUAAAUUUACUUUCCUAUAAUGUUUCUGCGAUGGUUGCAAUUGCUAAAUAUAUUGUUUUGUAUAAACAGAGACAUGCUCUGGCAUCGAUUAUUAAGCUAAUGGCUGAAGAUUGGAAUUCUGUAAAAUCGGAACAUCACGUUAAAAUAAUGAUGAAUGAAGCAAGAAUUGGAAGAUUACUGGCAUUUAUAUCACUUUUAUAUGCUCCUUUAAUCGUAAUUUUACAUAUUUUAGUUACGACUUAUUUAAAACCAGAGAAGUUUUUUCUCUACGGAUCAAUUCCGACGAUAGCAAGCAAUCUGAUGUGGCCAAGCUAUUUUCCAUUUAAUACAUCAAGAAAAUAUAUUUUCGAAACAACCUGGGUGUGCCAAAUAACUGCGACCUUGUUUACGUCAUUAGUAUAUGGAACUUUUGAUACUUUUAUGUCGGUAGUUGUUCUGCAUCUUUGUAGUCAACUUGCUAUCGUUCGGGUUCAAUUAAAAAAUAUCUACAACGACGUAAAUCAACAUCCGUAUGCUGACAAACUAGUUGCAAAUAAACUUCGAUAUAUUAUCCAACGACACCAAGAGCUUAUCAGCUCGGGAGAAACUAUUGAGAGAACUUUUAAUCUAAUACUUCUUCCACAAUUGAUAUGCUAUCCACUAAUUUUUUGUUUCCAAGGAUAUGCUAUGUUAACGAGUAUGGCUAAAACUCAAACGACAAGUCUCCAAAUUUUGUACUAUCUGAGCUAUGAUACUUACACGUUAUAUCAUCUAUUUAUAUUUUGUUGGAUUGGAGAGCAUCUUUAUCAUGAGAGUACGUCCGUUGGAUAUGCUUACUACGAAAGCAUCUGGUAUAAUCACUCAAUUAAGAAUGCAUAUUCACUCUUAAUCGUUGGCUGUUGUACUUUAAGACCACUUCGUAUAACAGCCGGAAAAUUUGCUAAUUUUUCUAUUCACUUGUUCGUGGCAAUACUAAAAACUUCAAUGGGAUAUCUUUCUAUGCUUCGAGCUGUUCAAAGCCGUGGAUGA